GUUCCCUUCGAAUUAGUGUCCAAAUGGGGAAAAUUACGACCAUAAUUAUCGGCCACCGUCCACCAGUCCAGAUGUAUAAAAGCGCAUCGGUGGCCUUUGCAGCAUCAGUGCGCCUCAUCGACUCUUCUUCUUCAAACAAGUGCAAGAUGUUCUGCAAGGGGUUCGCCGUGAUGUUCCUGGUCGUGGGUGUUGCGCUGGCGGCGCCGCACGCCGCCAAGCGCAGCGUCUUUGAAGCGGGCUUCGGCUUCAACUCCUUCGAGCACAGCGCCAGCGGGGGCGGCAGCCCCUUUUCAUCGCCGCCCAUUUCUUUCAAAUCCUUCCAUGGCCCCCCACCAGUCUCUCCAGGGGAGAUCGCGUCGGCCAUUCAGGCGGCCAAAGAGGCGUCGGCCAACGUGAUGGCGGCGCAGCGUCGCGUCCAGGAGGCGAAGCAGGAGGUGCUGCAGGAGCAGCACGCCGCCAGCCAGAAGCAGGCGGAUGCAGCGCUUGCGCUGCAGAAAACCGAAGCGGCCGCAGCGGUGCAGCAGCAAGAGUCCAAGGCGGCCGCCCAAUCGGUGGUGCGGGCGCAGCAGCGGCUGGCGCAGGCCAAAAGCGAGGUGUCGGAGGCGCAGCGCGUGGCCGCCCACAAGGAAGCGCAUGCGGCCGCCCUUAUUCAGAAAAGCGCCAGCGCUGCCGCCCAUGAGAUUCAGAGGAACGACGAUGCCGCCCGCAAGAUUUCAGCCAUUCAGAGCCAGGGAAGUGCAGCCAUUCGGCAGGCGGCUGCAUCCAAACAGGGCUCCCUGACGGCCGCCUCGGCUGCAGUGGCUGCAGCUCAAGACCAUGGCGACUCGGCUGCAGGCCCCUGGUUCGGCUCCAAGGUCAUCCAUCUGCAGCCCUGGGGUUAAGGCCGCCCUGGGCGACCACUAGA